CGCCGGGAAAAGCAGCAACCACUAUUCUUACAAUCAUCAGCCACCAACACUGAACACCAAGAGACACGCCCUGGUCCCAACCCUCGAACGCAACAUUUAAAGCCAUGAAGCACCUCACCAUCGACCUGGCAACCUCGGGCCUCCCCACCAAGGACCAUGUCGCGGCGAAAGCAUUUCCAGAAGCAAAGACCACAAAGGUCCAUCCGUCAAAUGCGAAGGAGCAAAACACAAAUGCAACCCUCUACUUCAUCGGCACUGCGACGACAAUCCUGGAAUGGGAAGGCACACGCAUCCUAACCGACCCCAAUUUCCUCCAUGCAGGCGACCAUGUGCACCUCGGCCCUGGCGUGUCCGGCACCCGACAAACCAACCCUGCCAUUGACCUGGAGGAACUCCCGCGGAUAGACGCUGUGCUCCUGAGUCAUUACCACGAGGACCAUUUUGAUCGACUAGUGGAAGAUAAGCUGAAGAGGGAGUUACCGAUUAUUACAACCCCGCAUGCGAAAAAAUGCUUAGAGGGGAAGGGCGAGGAGAGCUUUACGCAUGUGCAUGCGUUGGACUUCUUCGAGUCACUACAGCUCGAUGUGAAGGGCGAACAGGCCACGAAGCAGAAGAAGCCGAGUAUCAAGAUCACGGGUAUGCCAGGCAAGCAUGUACCACCCGGGCCACUGGCGGUCGCGAACGAUUUACUCGGAGCGGUACCUCCGAUCAAUGGAUGGAUGAUCGAGCUUGGCUAUGCAGAGGGUCCUGAGCAGUUCGAGAAUGGAUACCGCAUUUAUAUCUCAGGCGACACUCUUAUGAUCGACGAGCUGAAGGAAAUCCCUGAGCGGUACAGGGGUAAGAACAUCGACCUGAUGCUGAUUCAUAUGGGUGGAACGACAAUACCUGGACCGAGCAUGCCGCUGCUGAUGGUAACGAUGGAUGCGAAGCAGGGCGUGCAGUUGAUGCAGCUCAUCAAUCCGGAUCUUACCAUUCCUAUUCACUACGAUGAUUACGACGUUUUCCUGUCACCGUUAUCAGAUUUCAAGAAGGCGGUGCUGGAGGCGGGGUUUAGCGACAAGGUUGUGUAUCUGGAUCGGAAGGACCAGUUCAAAUUCAACGUACGACAAUGCGAAGGUUGUGGCUCUGGAUCCAGCGGGUCGAUGGCGGAGAAGCUGGCAACUCAGGCUGUGUAG